UUACUAAGUGAGAUUACACCAAAACUUUAAAAACAAACUUAUAUUUUCUUGAAAGAACAGCAAUUCAACUCGGUCUGUUCUUUGAACAGCUGUUUUCGUCUCAAAACUUCGCCAGAAGUUAAAAAAACUUGAAUUAAACGAAAACAAACUACUUGCCAAAUCUUGCAGAUUCGUUUAAAGUUUUCUUCAGAAUUUGUAACGACAGGCAAAAUGUUGUCUACACGUAAAACCACGACUUUCCGGAAUCCUUCAAUCUCAAUGGUUCAAAGCAGAAGCAAUAAGUAUUCUCUUGUGCCCAGUAGUGAAUGUGGAGACAGCAUUCGAGGUGCUAUGCCAAAAGAUAUCGCGUUGGAAAACACAUACAAAAUGAUUCCUGACCAGAAAUUUAUUCCUGGUAAGACGAAAGCGUACAUUCGAGAAAUACUCGAAAAACAUUUGAAGGAAAAAGAAUACGACGAAAAAAAGGCGAAAGAAUUAUGCUUGAAGCUGAGCGAGGAGAUCAAACAUAAAGUCAAGGAGACAUGGCUAGUCAAUCGAUUCAAGAUCGUUUGUGUGGUUCAUAUUGGAAAGCCUAUGGGCCAAGGAAUGCAGAUUACGAGUCGUUGUCUUUGGAAUCCUGCUUUUGAUACGUUUGCUACUGAGUGCUUUAGUAGUGAUAAGAUAUUUGGACAAGCGUCGGUAUUCGCUCUGUAUGUAGAAUGAGACUGUGAUCCCUAUAUGCAAGAUUUUGAGUCUUCGUGAAAACGCGUUAUGAACGUGAGUUAUGCGUUACUGUGCUGACAUUAAACUUGGACGGGUUUCUAUUUGUAGAAUGAUACUUAGAUUGCUUUUCGUGUUUUUUUGUGUGUUGUGUUGAAAACACGUGAUGUGCUUGCUACGUUUAGCGUGGUUGCCGUGGAUACGUAUGAUUGCUAGCUUUGUAUUUCCUCAAGGUUCAUCACUAGGACCGGGAUUUAGGUCACUGGGAAUGGUACAUAGAAUCACCAACAGAUAUUUCACCAAGGCUCAUUUCUGGGACUGGAAUUAAGGACACCAGAAAUGCCAAACAGAAUCGUCAACAUAGGAUUCCCCAAAGGUUCAUGAAUAGGACCAGGAUUUAACUCACUAGGAAUAGGAAAUAAAAUUACCAACCAGGAGUGUUCCCCAGGGUUCAUCACUGGGACCACCUCCCUGCUGGGACUGAGAAGUUGUGAAAACAUGACUCUUUUGAAUGGAAUUGAAAUUCUGUUUCUGCACUAGUAUUAGACAUACCAGGGAAAAUCAAAGUAGGGAAUCUUUAUCCUCAUUCGAAGAAAACAAAAUUAAACACAGUCGUACAUUGUGGGGGU